CCAUAUGCGAUUGGGACAAUCAUACGAUCACGGAGGAUGCCCAGGUGAGACACGUGACAUCCAUUUGUGACGGUGAACUUCUUAUCCACUCAUGGAAAUGAUCGUGGCUCAAAGUUCCGUCAGGUACUUUUUUUUCGUCCUUGAAACCAUGAACGACAUCCCGGCUGAAUCAAGUGAAGGCGCUGCCGCUAAUUUUCUCGCACAAAAAUCGGCCUUGGAAAGGCAAUUCCAACACUACUUGGAUCAAUCGACACCUUACACUCAGUAUCGAUGGAUUGGCACGGUCGUGUUGAUGCUUUUGUUCUUGCUGCGUGUGGUCUUUGCAGAAGGAUGGUACAUUGUUUGUUAUGCUUUAGGCAUCUAUAUAUUGAAUCUGUUCUUGGCAUUCCUCACGCCCAAGUUUGAUCCGGCUAUGGAGAUGGACACGCAGGAGAAUGAGGUUGAAGAAGGUCCCACACUUCCCAUGAAGGCAGAUGAAGAGUUCAAGCCUUUUAUUCGAAGGCUGCCUGAGUUCAAAUUCUGGUAUUCUGUAACAAAGGCAACAACCAUUGCGUUUGUAUGCAGUUUCUUCCGCAUCUUUGAUAUUCCCGUGUUCUGGCCGAUUUUGUUGGUCUACUUUUGUAUCUUGUUUGCCAUCACGAUGCGACGACAAAUUCGACACAUGGUCAAGUACAAGUAUAUUCCCUUUGACCUCGGCAAGAAGAAUUACAGAAACAACAAAUAAGCCUUCAUCAUUGGAGCGUAAGAGAAUCAUGUAUUUUUAUUGUGGAGCAAAACAAACACAAGACAGAAUAGAUAUUGCUUGCCACUGUUGAAGUUACGACACGAUUUGAGAUCAUAAUGAAAGCAUCACUUAUCUACUCAUGCUAUCCAUAUAUAUUUUUUUUAAAAGAAGAAAUCAUGCCAA